UAUAAACUAAUAAAAUCCAAGUUAGACUUCCAUCUUCUCUGAAGAAGCAGAUAUGGCGAGGUCUUCUGUACUUGUUUACUUCCUGCUUGCCGUUUUGCUCUUCACCUUCCUAGGUGGCGACGAAAUGAGGGCGGAAGCACAACAGUGCAUUGCGAAAUGGGAUUGCAACGGCGGUAAGAAGCUUUGCAACCAGAAUUGCCAGACUACUUAUUAUGGCGUCGGAACUUGCGAGGAUCCAACUCCCAACCUCUGUUCUUGUAGAUAUGAUUGCUAGAAAAGGAAAAAAGAUGGAACAAAAAUGGCGCUGGCUUAGCUUAAAUUAAUAAAAAUAUGUUGUCGCCAUCUUGGCUGUCACGAGUCAUCAAUAAUACAUCGCAUCACUGUUUUAGUAUC